CAGGCGAUCUGGCCUGUCAGACCAUUGCACAGGCGUUCCCUUCUUCGAUUGGAAUGCGAGUCCUUGUCUUCGGCGCCGUCGAAAUCCUGUACCCCAACGACAAGGCAAGGCGGAAGGAUUUGCGCAACAUCAAGGCGUGGCCCCGCGACAUUGGGAACGACCACGCCUAUACCCUCAAGGUCGCUGAUGUUGAGUUGACGGCAUCCGGACAGCCUUUGCCUUCUCACAUCACGGCUUUGGCCACCCAGGACUCCGAGGCGCAGUUCAGCCCGGCGUGCCUGUCGCUUCGGAAAUGUCAAAUCUGGAUCCGAAGAGUUGCGUCGGGCUCCGCAUCCGUCGCGAGGGCGACAUGCAUGACAGCUGGACCACAGUCACGCACCCGUGGCUGCAAGGGACGCCAAUCAGCCUGGGCAGGCCGGAACGCAGCGUCCGGAUGUUUGGCGCCAACAUAGCCACGGCGGCGAAACGGACCAAGGGCUGGCUCAACAAGGACAGAGAAAGAGGCGCGCCGGCCAAGAGUCGCAACCAGCAGCAAGGUGUGCUAGGUACCAACAUAUACGUCGCGGGCGAGAAAACGAAGAUCGGAACCAUUAGCGCAUGUUAUGACAAUCCCCUCGGCUUGGAGGUCAAGCUUCUCUUUCCCCUCGGCAUGGAUCACGACCUGAGCCUCAUCACCGCCUCCGAGGGCGCGCUUCUGCCACCCAUGACACAGAUCCCCAACCACGCCCGCAUCGCCAAGACGUUUAUAACGCCGAAUGAGAUUUUAAAUGCAGAGUCGCCACAAGCGUUCCAGGCGUUCUGGCGGUUCAGCAACAACAACCGCGAUUGGCGAGGAGGCCAUUUUGUGACAGAUCCCGCCCGCAACGCCGUGAUCGCCGAGACGGAGUACUGGUGGGAGCAGCGCCACCUGAAGAUCAAGCGCGCUAUCAUUUGGCGGACCUUGAUCGACGACUGGCCCCUGCGAGGCGGCUCUGGCGGCGUCGUGUGUCUAGGAAAUCCGGCUGCGGAAACCUACCGAGCGGCCGUGUUUCAGAAUUACCAGAGCAUGACCAUGACAACUAACACGUUUCGGAAACAAGACGUCUGUCGGAAGCUGAAGGGCUUUCCCCAGACGUGCAGCUUUAAGGCCGGCUUCCUUCUGCCGGAGGAUGUCCAGAACGCAACCAUUGUGUUCGGCGAGGACGAGGUGCCGCAGGAGCGGCGUUCGGUGUCGGGCCCUAGUGGUCCGGUGCAUCCUGACGGGCUAGUCAAGCCAGUGGUGACUCGGAGGAAGGAAAACCGUACAGAUAAUUGAUGUUGGGAACAUCCGGGAGGAUAUGGUUGGUGGCUUCAUUGCGGAGGGUGCGAAAGGAGUCGAGUUGACUGGCGGUAUUGCGCAGUUGCCGACGCGGCCCUUCCCUGCAUGGCCAUCUUGCCUCGGAGCCUGUCAGAAGUGGGAAGGAGGUCCAAAGGGA